UUCUUCUCUUUCUUUCCGCUACUUUUGUUCCCUUUAGCCUGAUCGUGCUGUUUCUCUGUCCAUGCCAGUUCUCAUAGCUAACUGCUCGAAAAGAAUCUGAAUUGUCUUUCUGGCGGUGAUGCUCCGCCGUCGCCAGCCCAAGGAGGAAGAGCGCGAUUCGCCUGCGUCUGCUGCGUCUGCUGCUACUGCUGCUGCUGCUGCUGCUCCGCCUGCGCGUCCCCCUCAAUCCAAACGCUCCGAGUCCUUCAUCCAUAAGCCGCGCAGCAAACGUCGCAAUGGCUUGAUCUUCGCCCUGGGCGGGCUCUUCGGAGUCCUAAUGGCCGUGCUCUUCGCCAACCAGCAGGAUGUCAUCAGUCUGGACAAUCUCAUGGACUUCAACAUCGAGUCCUUGAUGGAAGUCAUGCCACAUGGGCUCUUGAAUGAUGCGAGAGAGUUCACGCAACAUGAGCGCGACACCGUCAACUACGACCCAUUCGCCGUCGGACUACAUCUCCAAUCGCAAGGAUUCAAAGCGAAACACCCGAUGGUCAUGAUCCCCGGGGUGAUCUCGACUGGUUUGGAGAGCUGGGGUACUGAGCCCGCCUCCCGGCAGUACUUCCGCAAGAGGCUCUGGGGCAGCUGGAGCAUGAUGCGGGCGCUGGUGCUCGACAAGCCGGGCUGGAAGAAUCAUAUCAUGCUGGACAAGGAGACUGGGCUGGAUCCCCCCGGGAUCAAGCUGCGCGCGGCGCAAGGGUUCGACGCGACGGACUUCUUUAUCACGGGCUAUUGGAUCUGGAACAAGAUCCUCGAGAAUCUCGCGACCAUCGGCUAUGACCCGACCAAUGCAUUCACGGCAGCCUACGACUGGCGGCUCUCCUACCCGAACAUGGAGGUGCGGGACCAGUACUUCAGCCGACUCAAGUCGUACAUCGAGACCGCCGUCCUGGUCCGGGGCGAGAAGGUCACCCUCGCCUCCCACAGCAUGGGCUCGCAGGUUGUGCUCUACUUCUUCAAGUGGGUGGAGAACCCGGAGCACGGCAAGGGCGGGUCGGACUGGGUCAACAGGCACGUCGCCAACUGGAUCAACAUCAGCGGGUGCAUGCUCGGUGCUGUCAAGGGGCUCACGGCCGUGCUGUCCGGCGAGAUGCGCGACACGGCGCAGCUGAACGCUUUCGCUGUGUACGGGCUGGAGAAGUUCCUGUCCAAGGAGGAGCGCGCCGAGAUCUUCCGCGCCAUGCCGGGCAUCUCCAGCAUGCUCCCCAAGGGCGGCGAGGCCGUCUGGGGUAACUCGACCUGGGCGCCCGACGACCAGCCGCACCAGAACCUGACCUUCGGCAACCUGCUCAACUUCCGCGAGAGCGGCACCAGCCGCGUCAUCAAGAACAUGACUAUCACCGAGAGCCUGAACUACCUGCUCGACGAGGGCGAGGACUGGUACCGCCACCAGGUGCUGGCCAGCUACUCGCACGGCGUCGCCCACACCGCGCGCGAGGUUGAGGCCAACGAGCACAACCCGCGCACCUGGCUUAACCCGCUCGAGACCCGCCUCCCGCUCGCCCCGGACAUGAAGAUCUACUGCUUCUACGGCGUCGGCAAGCCCACCGAGCGUAGCUACUUCUACCAGGAGGAGCGCGACCCCCUCAUCAACCUCAACGUCAGCAUCGACACCACCGUUACCAACAGCGACGGCGUCGACCACGGCGUCCACAUGGGCGAGGGCGACGGCACCGUCAACCUUUUGAGUACUGGCUACAUGUGCGCCAAGGGCUGGCACAUCAAGCGCUACAACCCCGCCGGCGUCAAGAUCAAGGUCUAUGAGAUGCCCCAUGAGCCGGACCGCUUCUCGCCCCGGGGUGGACCCAACACAGGAGACCACGUCGACAUUCUCGGCCGCGCCUCCCUCAACGACCUCAUCCUCCGCGUCGCCAGCGGCCAAGGCGACGACAUCGAAGAAACCUACGUCUCCAACAUCCGGAAAUACGCCGAACGAGUGCAGAUCUUCGAUGAGGAAUGAAAAACGAACGCGCACAAUCAACCCGAAACUUAGCGAGGAGGCGAAAAGACAUAUCAACACCCCCACAAGAAAAAAAAAAAAAAAAAAAAAAAAAAAAAAG